AUGCAUACGUUGUUAGUAAUUGUAAUAUUGACCUUGGUUGACGAAGGGUAUCUACAAAAAUCAUGCCCUGAUUGUCUAUUUGAAAUAUGUGAUACUAAUUAUGGAAUAUGUCUAGCUGGGUGCAAAGAACCGAAAUGGGGAAAAUACUGUCAUAUAGACUGUCCAGAGUAUUGUGCAGAUUGCUAUCAAAAUUCUGGUGAAUGUAGUAAAUGUCAUCAAGGAAAAUGGGGAAAGAACUGUGAGAGACUUUGUCCAGAACUUUGCUUAAAUCAAGAAUGUUACCAGACAAAUGGAUCCUGUGUCCGCUGCCAGAGCGGAAGUUGGGGACAGAGAUGUGAAAAUCUAUGUUCAGAUUUCUGUCUCAAUUCAACUUGUGAUAUUAAUUCCAGCAAGUGUCUGAACGGUUGUGAAAAGGGUCGAUAUGGAGAUAACUGUAAUCUUUGGUGUAGUCCUGGCUGCUUUGAUGACAUUUGCCUCCAAACUGGAACGUGUAUCAGCGGAUGCAAGGAACUCUUUUACGGCAACCAGUGUGACAAAAGAUGCAGUUCAAAUUGUCAACCCUCCGAUUGUCAUAAACAAACUGGUAUGUGUGUGUCCUGCCAGAUUGGAUUUUAUGGAAAUUUUUGCACUAGUAUCUGUCCAAAUUGUAUCAACAGUACUUGUGAUAAAAGAGAUGGCUAUUGUAUACAUGGCUGUGAAUCUGAAUGGAGUGGAUAUAAGUGUGACGUGAGGAAGAUAAGCUCAAUAUCAAAAACCAACGUUGCACUUGUUAUAAGCAUCUGUUCUGGAGUAGUGGUGGCGGUAUUCAUCUUGAUAUUCAUUUUAAGAAAAGGAGGAAGAAUAUGGUGGCCUAGAUCCAAUCGUUUAAAAUUUACAUCGAGUCAAGAAUCUGAUGGUUCAACACUAGAAAGAACCCCAGAGAUAUCGGGACAUUAUGAGGCUCCUAGUGAUGUAACCAGUCAAAUUGACCAUGGCUAUACUUCCAUUAUAUGA